UGGGGAGAGGAGGUCGGCAAAUUACAUUAUUACAAGAGAGAGACCAUGGCAGACAGUACAGCAAGCCAAGAAUUUGCUGAGCUCUGGGAGCAGAACCUCAUGUUGGAGCCUAUACAAACACCAGAAGGUGGCCAUUGUUACUCAUCAGUCUAUGAUGAGCAGUACCUUCGGGACUCAUUUGACCUAAAUAUUUUUGAUGGCAUCACUGAGCAGCCUCAGCCAUCCACUUCCCCACCAACCUCCACCGUCCCGGUUGCCACUGACUACCCUGGAGAUCAUGGCUUCAAACUGGGAUUCCCGCAAUCCGGCACUGCCAAAUCGGUUACUUGCACAUACUCUCCAGACCUGAAAAAGCUCUUUUGCCAGUUGGCAAAAACUUGUCCCGUUCAGAUGGUGGUGGACUCGCUCCCUCCCCAGGGCGCAAUGCUCAGGGCUACUGCCAUAUACAAAAAGUCUGAGCAUGUGGCUGAGGUGGUCCGCCGAUGCCCCCACCAUGAGAGGACCCCAGAUAGUGAUGGACUGGCUCCUGCUGCACACCUAAUCCGAGUGGAAGGAAACUCUCGUGCUGAUUACAGGGAAGAUCGUGUCACCUCCAGACACAGUGUAGUUGUACCCUAUGAACCUCCACAGUUGGGUGCAGAGUGCACUACUGUCCUUUAUAAUUACAUGUGCAACAGUAGCUGCAUGGGAGGAAUGAACCGCCGACCCAUUCUGACCAUUAUCACUUUGGAGUCUCAGGAUGGCCAGUUGCUGGGCCGUAGGUCUUUUGAGGUACGAGUGUGUGCAUGCCCAGGCAGAGACAGAAAAAGUGAGGAGAGCAACUUUAGAAAAGAGCAGGAGGCCAAAACCAUGGGAAAGACCUCCUCUGCCACCAAACGAAGCUUUAAGGAGUCAUCCUCAUCUACUCCACGCCCUGAGGGCAGUAAGAAGUCCAAAGUAACACUGUGUAACAGCAGCGAUGAAGAGAUCUAUUACCUGCAGAUCCGUGGUAAGGAGAGAUUCGAGAUGCUUAAAAAGAUCAAUGAUGGUUUGGAAUUGAGCGACAUAGUGCCUCCUUCUGACUUGGACAAAUACCGUCAAAAAUCUGUCUCCAAGACCAAGAAAGAGAAGGAUGGCCAAGCUCCUGAGCCCAAGCGAGGAAAGAAACUGAUGGUGAAGGACGAGAAGAGUGAUUCUGAUUAAGAUUGAGGGAUGCUGAGAAACAAAUGGGGGAAAACGUUUUUACUCCACUACCUUCCUUUUGCCUUUGUUUGCUUUACAGUAGAGCUAUAUGAUCCCCCAAUCCUAUAUGUCAUCGUUUAUAUUGUUCACUUCAGCAGAACCUUUAUAAGUCGUUAACACAGAAAAGCAGCAUGCGAAUGAGGCUGGAACUGCUGGGUGCUGAGGGUGUAUUGUGUUACAUCUGCACUGAAGGAGCAAUACCGGCCCAUAGUUUUUCAGACCUGAUGAGUGAAUGUCUCUGUAGACCAUGGGGCAUUGUAAUGAGAUAAAAAGGCCUGUCUAUGUACUCAUGCAGUCAGCACAGUGUGUGGGAUUUAUCCUGCUGUAGGUCAGUGCAGGUCACUUGCCUCCCAAUACUUAGUUUCUAUUAUCUGGUAGAUUUGUAACUGGAAAAACAGUUUCUCAAUAUUUUCAAGGACUACUAAGUCAGUCUGAAUUGGGAUUUAAUGGCCAUUUUGUUUAAAAUGUACCAAUUGUUGUCAGUAUUUUGUAACCUGCUUUCAGAUUAAAGUUUUGUUUAGAUUUUGAAUUAGAUGCAACCUUUAGAACUGGUUACUAGCUAUUAACUGUAAUGAAACACACAAAGAAACAUUGAAUUCCAUAUUUGGAGAAAAGUGUCUUUAUUAAGGUCAUUUAUAUUCAUAUACAGGUUGUUCUCAUUUCUACAUUGAGGCAGUGUAUGGUGUGGAAUACACAAUCUGUAAUUGUUUACAGCACCACUUGAAUGCCAUGGAUUGACUUCAUUGAUGAACCUUUAGAGGAACUGUUGUUAUUGUCUAAAAAUGUUGUGCAACCACUAACAUCCUGCCAUUUGAAGUAGAUAUUGAUCACUUGUUUUAAAUAAUAUGACCAUGAACUCAUGGUUUACAAAUCAAUUGACUUGUUUUGUUUGUGGUUAUUGGUUAUAUGCCUAAAUAUGAGCAUUAUUAAAUUGUUAUACUCCGGGCAUAUUCAAAGUCCCUCCUUUUAAUCUUGAUCCAGGUACAGUGCUUGUACAUUUUUUUUUAUACUAUUUGUCUUUUUUCCAUUCUUGUUUUAUACACACAAAUUUACCAUUACAUAUGCAUUUAUUCUUGUUUGUAGUUUGGGGUGUAUUUUUAAGAAGAAAAAACUAAAACUUUGUUAAUACAGUCUUUUUACAAGAAAAAAAAUGUGUCUUGA